AUGGAGAAGCGUCUUCUGGGUGCUCUGCUCCUCUCCAUCCUCUCAGUGGGUGUGACACAGUCAGACCUGAAAGGGAAGGUGCUUAUUUUCCCUCAGGAGUCUGCCACAGCCUAUGUGUCCCUGAUACCCUCAGUGAGGAAGUCCCUGCAGAACUUCACGCUGUGUCUGAAGUCCUUCACGGAUCUCACCCGCCCCUACAGCCUUUUCUCCUACAGCACACGCACCCACGACAAUGAACUGCUUCUCUUUAUUGGAAAGACAGGAGAAUACCAGCUGUCCAUUGGAAAUGCUGUGGUCAUUUUCAAGGCUCCUUUAUCCCCUUACAGCCCAAGGCACAUCUGUGUGAGCUGGGAGUCUGCCUCCGGGAUUGCUGAAUUCUGGGUGGAUGGGAAGCCCUUGGGGAGGAAGGGCCUCAAGAAGGGGUACACUGUGGGGGCUGAUGCCAAGAUCAUCCUGGGACAAGAGCAAGACUCCUUUGGGGGAAAAUUUGAUGCCAAACAAUCCCUUGUUGGGGAGAUAUGGGAUGUGUCUUUGUGGGAUCAUGUGCUCCCUCUCAAUAACAUGUGUGACUGCUGCAAUGGUGGCAAUGUCCUGAACUGGCAGUCCCUGAGUUAUGAGGAGAAGGGCUAUGUGGUGACUAAACCCGUUCUGUGGGCUUGA